AUGGGCAUUAAGAUCGAUUUAGAAAAAGCUUAUGACCAUCUGAGUUGGGAUUUUAUUGAGCAGUCUUUAAGGGAUUUCUCCCUCCCACCAGAAUUGAUAGAUGCCAUCAUGAUGUGUGUUUGUUCGGUCAGUUUCCAAGUUCUAUGGAAUGGAGAAGCAACUGACAAAUUCAUUCCUUCAUGUGGCAUUCGACAAGGUGACCUCCUUUCACCCUAUAUUUUUUUUAUCUGUAUGGACCGUCUUUCGCAUCUUAUUGAGGAUAUGGUUGAGGUGGGAGACUGGAGACCUUUCUUAUUUCGAAUACGAGGUCCUAUCAUAUCCCAUCUUAUGUUCGCGGACGACCUUAUGUUGUUUGCAGAAGCAUCAUCAACUCAAAUGAUGAAGAUCAUGGGCUGUCUUCAAAGGUUUUGUGAGGCUUCAGAUCAGAUUGUCAACACGCGGAAGACCCAUAUUUACUUCUCCAAGAAUGUAGACACUACAACUCAUGGAGACAUCACAGCCUGCUCUGGGUUUAUGGAGACAGCAGAGAUUGGUAGGUACUUGGGUGCCUAUAUCCUUGAAGGAAGAAACAAAAGGCAAGCUCAUGCGCAAAGCCUUGAUAAAAUAAAAAAUAAGCUAAAGGGCUGGAAACAGAAAUGUCUCUCAAUGGCUGGAAGAGUAGUUCUAGCUCAAUCAGCCAUCACCCCCGGUGCCAUACUACCAAAUGCAACAUGGUUGAAUUCCAAAAGCGUUUGUUGGGAGAUGAUCAAUCAUUCUAAUGCGCUGUGGGUAAGAGCUCUCAAUAGCAAGUAUGGUAUCUCUAACUCAACCCCUUCGGUGAGAGCGACAUCAGGAUGUAGUGCCCUUUGGAAAAGUUUAUCACAAUUGUGGCCUAUCAUCCAAGAAAGUUUGGUGCAUAGGGUAGGCAAUGGUUGUUCAACCAAGUUUUGGAAGGAUGACUGGUUAAAUAUAGGGGAUCAUCUCUUAAAGCAUAAACUCCCAAGCGCUACCAGUGGAGAUGAGGAUAACUAUGUAUGCGAUUUCGUGAAUAAUGAAGGGGAAUGGAAGAUAGAACAUCUUAAACAGCUCCUGCCGGAUGAAUGCAUUCAACGCAUUUGUGCUAAUCCCCCUCCGAGAGCUUCUGACCCACCUGAUAAAUUAGCCUGGAAGCACUCCAUGGAUGGAAGAUUCUCUGUUAAAUCUGCUUACUGUUAUAGCAAUAGAAUCCAAUCUCAAAGAAGGGAAAGACCUAUUGCUGGACACAUUAGUAUACAAGAAUAUGCUUGUGAGGUUGGAAAAGCCAUCAACAAGCAGGUUCCUAGGCAUGAUUCUAGAGUUCGUCGAGAAACCAUUAUUAAAUGGUAUCCAGCUCCUGAAGGGUGGAUUAAGGUGAACACUGAUGGUGCAGCUAAGAACAACCCAGGUAAAGCAGGAUGUGGUGGCCUCAUUAGGAAUAGUGACGGAAGUUGGGUAAUGGAUUUUACUAGAAAUUUGGGAGUUUGCUCAGCGUAUAUGGCAGAGCUAUGGGGUCUUUAUUUGGGGCUUGAGAUGGCUUGGACACUGGGAUUCAGGAAGGUGAAAAUAGAAAUUGACUCUCAAGCAGUUAUUAACAGCGUUACUCAAAAUAGGAAGUUUCUAGAUGAUGGAUCAAUGCUAUACUGUAGGAUUCAAGAGCUUAUGGAAAGGAAUUGGACAAUUAACAUGGUUCACACUUACAGAGAAACAAAUGCUUGUGCAGAUUGGCUAGCUAACUUUAGUCUUGAGCAAAAUUGUUCCACUCAAUACUGGAACUCUCCUCCAGCUGGGAUAGAAUUUUUGUUAUUAGGUGAUGUUUCUGGGGUGGCUCAUCCCUGUAAUAUAGUUUCAGUGUAG